UUGGCAGCUGCUCGGGACUUGGUAACACGAACAUAUGGCUACAACUCAGAGCGCGCUCAACAAAUUAUGAGUGAUGAGUUCUUCCUGAAUAGCAGGGGAAAUAGGCCUUAUAAGUGGCAGCUUGACAUUGCUGAGGCUCUUCUUCUCGGGCUCAACUGUACUGCCAUUGCUGGCACAGGAAGAGGGAAGACAAUCCCGUUCAUGUUGCCCAUGUUCUUGCCCAAGAACAUGAAGAAGAUGGUGGCUGUCAUGUCACCAUUAAAGAAUCUGCAGAGAGAUCAGGCACGUCAGUUCCGUAAGAUGAACCUGCCUGCGGUUGCCGUGAAUGGCGACACAUGGGACUCUGCAAUGGCUUCAAUCUUCACGUCACCCAAAAUGUAUAUGAAACAUGCGGAGUGCAACAAUGUUCUUACCGAGCGAGGCCUAUCGAAGGGAAUCAGCGCACUCAUCGUUGAUGAGGCUCACUGUAUCUCGCAGUGGGGCGGUGAUUUUCGCCCGUCAUACAGCAAAAUGAGCCAAGUCCGUGCACACUUACCGCAAGGGACACCUGUUGGCUGUUUCUCGGCAAUGAUGGCACCAGAUGCACUCGAGGAG